AUGGGAGCUGAAGUCAUGGAAGGCGGCGAUCGAUUUGAGGAGAAGAAGCUGAUUGUGAACGGGAGUAGUCGUCUCCGGAUCCGAAUCAAGCCCCCGAGAGAAGAGACGUCGGCGGCAGCGGCGGUGGAGGCGAAACCAGUGGCGGAGCAAGCGGCUGCGAUGGAGAGCUCGACCUGCCCCGAGUGCGGGAAGAGCUUCCCUUCCGACAAGGCUCUGUUCGGCCACUUGCGAUGCCACCCUGAGCGCGACUACCGAGGCGCUGCGCCGCCACCGGAAGCCAAGAAUAAGAAGCGAUCGCCGUCGCCAUCUCCGCCUCGAGCUCCAGUGAAGUGGACGACCGCGAAGAGGGGUCGAAAAGCGCCCGCCUUUAGAGACCGUGACGGAGGCGGCGAUGACCCUGUAGCCGCCAUCGCCGCCACGAUCUUGAUUUACAUCUCCGCCGGGAAGAGGCCCCCAAGAUCCGAUUUUGAUGAGCUGGAUGAGUACUUAAUGGCGGUUUCGAACUGCAAGAGGAUCAAAAAGGCGAGGAUCAAAGAUCUGGAGUUAGCAAGCUCCUCGACGGGCGCUGCAAGAGAUCGACGGCCAUACGCCUGCACCAUAUGCUUCAAGACCUUCUCUUCCCACCAAGCUUUGGGCGGACACCGAGCCAGCCACAACAAGGCGGCGAAGACCAGCAACGCCACCAACAACGGCGAGGAACCCGAGAACGAGGCGGCCACCGUCACCGAACACCGGUGCAAGUACUGCAACCUGAGCUUCAAUAGCGGGCAAGCGCUCGGCGGCCACCAACGCCGUCAUUUCAACGAAGCCGCGGCGCAGCACGGCGCCCAUCCAGCCGCCGCAUCGUCGCCGACGCCGCCGCCUUGCACGCAAUCCAACGUGAGCGCCAGCCGGGGAUCUCCGUCGCCGUCGGAGCUCGAGAACGAAGCUGCGCCGGCGAGGCACGGCCUGCUGGAGAUCGACCUCAAUGAAAUCCCUUGCCUCGAAUUGGAAGAAAACUGA